CCAAACAAGACCAAACUCCGAAGCCUCGUUUGUUUCGACAUUUUUGAAUCACUUGUACGCACCCGGUUACGAGUUUUGAUUCACCGUUAAGCAGUCGACGUUGAUAGUUAGUAUAAUGGGCUCCGAUUAGAAUUGGUCAUAGAGAGAGGAUAUGUCGAAGCUAUUUUCGAGGAUUGCUGGGCUUUUCAGCAGUCGCACUUUCACUGGUAUAGACAAAGCAGGGAACAGAUACUUCGCCAAAAAGGAGGAGAUUGAUGGUAUAGUGAAAGAGAAAAGAUGGGUGAUUUUCAAAGGAGAGGAGGAUCCAACCACAGUUCCUGUUGAAUGGAUAUGUUGGCUCAAUGGGCAGCGCAAAAGAGCUCCAACUCCUGAGGAAAUGAUGGAGCUGGAAGCAAGACGUGAACGUGUUAGGCUAAAUGUUGAACUUCUUAAGAAAGAAGAAGAGGAAAAGAGGGCCAAAGAAGGUCCCGCUCGUAAAGUCAAAGCAGGAGGUCCAGACUUGAAAAGUUUCAUGCAGCAAAUUCCUUCUUCAGAAGCCGAUGAAGCCGAGGAAGCAUCUGGCACGAGGCAUGAAGCGAGGAGUAAAGAGACAGAGGCAGGGAAAGCAAAAGAAGAGCCUUUGCCAGAGUCUUCAGAACCCACUGGAUCCGGUGCAUCCUUCCAACCGGGAACAUGGCGACCACCAACAUAAGCGCGACAAGUCAAUGGAUCUGAGUAAAACUUCAACCGUUGUGAUCCUUCCCUUCACGCGUCUCGUUAGCUGUUCCAAAUUCUAUAACAAGGUUCAACUAACUUCACUACUUUUGGAGCAUUCAUUCAUUUUUAGCUGUGGCACAGCAGACACAAGGCUUUGUUGAACUUUCAUUGUUUGACAAAAUCUCAUAUUAGAUUUGUGGUAAGGACUGAAAGGGCAUUUAUGGAUCGGCAAGGCGCUAAUUAAAUCUCAAGUUCAGUGUGAUACCAAGAUAAAUUUUUUUUACAAUUUGGAGUUAUCUACUUCAGUUCUUGCUCUGCUGCUUUUAUGUUACUGUCUUGUGCUUAUAUUGCUCCUGCAAUGGAGAAAUUCUUUGAAAGACAACUUCAAGCAUAUGGUAGUUACUGUUUUUGGGUGGAGAAGCUAUUUGAAUA